AUAGCAAUAACAUAACCUAAAAUUUGUUGCUUUACUGCUUUACAGACAUUCCAAGGCAACCGAGACCGAGUGUCUGUCCAAACGCAUCCCUUCGAUCCACCAGUCUAUGGACGGUACAUUCGAAUUAUACCUCGUGGCUGGAGGGCACAUAUUUCCAUGAGAUUGGAAUUGUACGGAGGACCAUGGAAUCGUUGUGAUAUGCCCCUCGGUGUGGAAGACGGCCGAGUUCCAGAUCCACUCAUGCGCGCGUCUUCGUUUUACAACUACUACUGUGGACCGUUCAACGCCAGGCUCAACAGGCGACGUUACGGCCGACAGGGAGGGGCCUGGUGUGCAAAGAGGCGAGACCGGCGUCAGUGGCUUCAGAUUGAUUUUGGCGCGCUUACAAAAGUUUGCCGUGUAGCGACUCAAGGAAGACAGAACUCCGCCCAGUGGGUCACUAGUUAUUAUAUAACAUACAGCAGAAACGGAUACAAGUUUAUUCCGUACAGGGAAGGCAGGCGUACCAAGAUAUUCCAAGGCAAUUAUGAUCAGUUCAUCAUCGUACGUCACAGACUAGCAAGGUGUAUCACUGCACGCUACUUCAGAAUCCGUCCUGUCACGUGGUACAGCUGGAUCUCAAUGAGAGUGGAAUUUUACGGUUGUGUUGUUGGACCACGCUGCAACAAGCCCUUAGGAAUGCAAAAUGGCCGCAUCAAAGCAAACCAACUUAGUGCUUCGUCCAGCUGGGACAGAAACCAUGCACCUAACAGAGGCAGGCUUCAUCUGCACCGUGUCGGCGCGAAAAUGGGGGCCUGGUGCGCGCGCCACAACAAUCGUCUACAGUGGUAUCAGGUGAACUUUGGACGCCCUAAAAGGGUGGUGAAGUUCGCUAUUCAAGGACGACAGGACGCCCGUCAAUGGGUGACUCAGUGUUAUUUGUCGUACAGUCAAGAUGGUAUACAUUAUGCGGAAUUUAAAGAAAACAGCAAUCGAAAGGUAAGGGGGGUAAAUUAUUUUUUUCCACGUUACCGAGUGUCUGUCCAAACGCAUCCCUUCGAUCCACCAGUCUAUGGACGGUACAUUCGAAUUAUACCUCGUGGCUGGAGGGCACAUAUUUCCAUGAGAUUGGAAUUGUACGGAGGACCAUGGAAUCGUUGUGAUAUGCCCCUCGGUGUGGAAGACGGCCGAGUUCCAGAUCCACUCAUGCGCGCGUCUUCGUUUUACAACUACUACUGUGGACCGUUCAACGCCAGGCUCAACAGGCGACGUUACGGCCGACAGGGAGGGGCCUGGUGUGCAAAGAGGCGAGACCGGCGUCAGUGGCUUCAGAUUGAUUUUGGCGCGCUUACAAAAGUUUGCCGUGUAGCGACUCAAGGAAGACAGAACUCCGCCCAGUGGGUCACUAGUUAUUAUAUAACAUACAGCAGAAACGGAUACAAGUUUAUUCCGUACAGGGAAGGCAGGCGUACCAAGAUAUUCCAAGGCAAUUAUGAUCAGUUCAUCAUCGUACGUCACAGACUAGCAAGGUGUAUCACUGCACGCUACUUCAGAAUCCGUCCUGUCACGUGGUACAGCUGGAUCUCAAUGAGAGUGGAAUUUUACGGUUGUGUUGUUGGACCACGCUGCAACAAGCCCUUAGGAAUGCAAAAUGGCCGCAUCAAAGCAAACCAACUUAGUGCUUCGUCCAGCUGGGACAGAAACCAUGCACCUAACAGAGGCAGGCUUCAUCUGCACCGUGUCGGCGCGAAAAUGGGGGCCUGGUGCGCGCGCCACAACAAUCGUCUACAGUGGUAUCAGGUGAACUUUGGACGCCCUAAAAGGGUGGUGAAGUUCGCUAUUCAAGGACGACAGGACGCCCGUCAAUGGGUGACUCAGUGUUAUUUGUCGUACAGUCAAGAUGGUAUACAUUAUGCGGAAUUUAAAGAAAACAGCAAUCGAAAGGUAAGGGGGGUAAAUUAUUUUUUUCCACGUUGAAAUGAAAUACACAGUGCAUAAAUAUCAGAAGAAUUACACAGUCAAGAUAUAAAGUAAACAACGUUUA